UAUUUUUUUUACGCAUAAUAAAACAAGCAACUGAACUUUCAAUUUUAAUUUCUGACAAUUAAGAAGGUGUGAUGGGGACGUUGCCUGAUUAACUUAAUCUGGAUUGUAAAUUAUGUUAUUUUGAUAGAUGGCAAAAUAUAAUAAGCUCCAACACAAGCCCUAAAAAAAUUUCUUUUUUUUUAAAUUAAAAUUCGAUAGAACGCUGAAAGAUGACUUUAAGCAACUUUUCAUCAGGUUUUGAUUAUGGACAUCGUGAACGUAUUUCAGAAAAAUACACAUCCAGUGUUUUAAAUAAGAGUAAGUUAAAAGCUUGCUUAUAUUUGCAUAUCCUGUUAUGGUUAUUUAUUUUAUUAAAAAAUAUAGAAUCAUUACUUGAUUAUGUUGAUAUAAAUUUUCCACCUAUUGUAGAAAUAUAUGCAAAUAGAAUUCCAAAUCCUCAAAUUUGGGAAUAUGCAUUCUUAUUAUCAAUAGUACCUACAAUUUUUGCACUAUUAUCACUCUCGAGAAAUAACAAAUACUUAUUGUGGUCAUUUAUCAUUGGGCAGUCAGCUCUUGGUCUUUUACCUUUAUUGGGCACAGCUAUAUUAAACAUACCCUCUUUCAAAAAAUAUGUAUAUUAUAGAAUUAGCCCUAGGUUUUUUAAUUUACCAAAUAUUAUAAUCUUAUAUAUAUUUAUUAGUUUUUCAUUACAAAUUAUAGUAUUUUCUUUAUAUUUUUCUUUCAAAUUGUUACAAUUUUGGAAAAAUAAUACAAACAAGAAAAUUAUUUAAAUAUAACAAUAUAAAUAUGAGGCUUUAAAUAUAUAUAUAUAUAUGAUUUUAUUUUGGGAUCCAUUAUAAAGUUUACACAUUGAACAGGAACAUUUAGCAAAUUAUUUUUUUUUAUAAAACAUUGUUGUAA